AUGCCUCUUGAAGUAACUCCGCCACCCUUCUCCGCCAGUCAGCGGCUUCCGUAUGUCCCUCCCAUCCCUAGGUUAGAAUCAGGAGGUGGCGGCGCUUUUCCCUCCGGUGCCAGCAGUGUAGGAGGGCACGGUCCUGGACCCGUGACUGCCGCCGCUUCUACUAUCAUACCCCCAGCUCCUGGCGGUAUGGCAGGACCGCACCGAGCUAUCCCUGCUCUUCCCGAAGCCGGCUAUACCUCCGCCUUAGCAGGGAUGCAAGGCCUCUCUAUAGGUAAUCAGCAGGCCCCAGGCUCUCUAUACGGAGGCAGUGCGUACAAUAGUUAUGCCCCUCGCUCGGUCCACGAAUUCGACCAGCAUGAACAACUCCAUCAUCCGCACAUGCAUUCGCCACUUUCAGUGGUCCCGAGCGAGAACGACUGGGCUGCGGCAUCCUCUCUCCCUGCACCUCGCACCCGCCUUCCCGCUGAAUAUAUUACUGGCCCCAGGCAUGGACACCAUCAUCACCAUCAUAAUCAUAAUCAUCAAGACAUCAACGACGACGAUUUUGACCGGCAGACUGACGCUAGCUAUUACGCCAUGCCUCGUCAUCGCGGAGGGCGCUCUCGCGCAGGUUCGGCGAGCUCUGCGUCUGACUCUGAAGAUGCUCGUGAGCCACUUGGGGGACACCAUCGCUCCGGAUCUAUCGGCCAUGGACAUGUAUACAAACACCAUCGUUCACCGUCUCUGCCACCUCACAAUGCCAACGGUAACGGUCGCUUUCAUUCACCCAACUCUUCUUCCCCUCUUGCCGGUGCAGGAUCUCCCAGCCAAAGAGGGAAGUCGCCACUCCCUCCUGUUGAUCCCCAAGGACGAGAAAGAGGACAAAGGAUGUUGUCACCAGCCCCCGAUGGAGAGAGAAGACAGAGAAUUUAUUCUCAUGUUCCGGCCGAAGGAGACUAUGAACGUGGGCGCGAACCCAAAUCGAGAGAACAAGAUAUCCGAGAGACUGAACGGGGAAGACGGCACUCCUCUGGUAUCUCCGAAGGCGUACGUCCUCACAUGCGAAGGCACAACUCUGCACAGAUACCUGUUCAGCACCAGCAGUACCAGCAUCAACACGGUCGUCACCCAUCUAGUUCAUACGGCCCGCAAGACAUUGCCCGUGGUCGUGAUCAAUCUCCACCCCCACCGCCAUGGGUGGGGGGACCUGCUUCGACGAUGGGCGCCAUGGGGCAGUAUCCACAAGACAUGGGCGCCGGUCAGUAUCAGCGUAGACGGGCAGUAUCGAUGCAGGGCCUGGAGAGGCCGGGGUCAUAUCAGCCUGCCAGUGUAUACGACGACGCGGCCAGUGUGGCUUCUCACGAGUCAAAUAUGACGUUCAUGGAUGGGAGUAUAGCGGGAAAAACGAGUCAGUAUGGGCUCCCGAAGUAUCCGCACCAGCCCAAGAUGGAUUACCGGAGGUGA